ACUAAAGCGAUGCGCCCACUGCGCUUCCUCAUCUCCUUCCACCGAUUCACACGGUGGCAGAGGACGGUGUUGAGCGAGGGUGUGCUUCGCCCCCUGGCUUCCUCCGUUGCUGACGUGUUUUACGCGCGGGUAAUAAUGUGGUGUCGGUGAGCCGCGUGACGUGACCUUUGAGUGGCUCUGAGCCACAGUAGCAGAUACACGCAGGUCAGCUCACCUGGAGGCAGCAUGGCUUGCUUGGAGCAAAGCAAGAAAAUGAGCGCGUCUGAGGAGAUCAUUUACAACAACAAACUUAAGUUCCUGCAGAUCAACGCGAAGAUACUAGGUAUGGAGGGAGACCCAGACCUCCAGUUCCUCCUGCAGGGCGGGGACCUCCUCAAGGUCCGCUCCCAGUCCUGGAAGAAAACCCGAUACUUCAGGCUUCAGGAGGACUGCAACACCGUAUGGCAUGAGUCAAAGAAGCUGUUCAAAUCAAACCAAACAUUUUCCAUUGACGACAUCUCGGCGCUGCGACUGGGCCGCCAGUCUGAGGGUCUGAAGAAGUACACGGAGGAACAGGUGGACGGCCGCUGCUUCUCUAUCGUCUUCAAGAGCCGCCGCAAGAACCUGGAUCUGAUCGCCAGCUCGGGAGAGGAGGCCAAGCGCUGGGUCAGUAGUCUGCAAAAACUGAAGUCCAAUGCCAGCAACCUGGACCAGCAGCAGAAGACUGAGCACUGGAUCUUCAACGCUCUGAGAAAGGCAGACAAGAACAAGGAUGCCAAACUGUCCCAGUCGGAGGUCAAGAACUUCAUGCAUCUCAUUAACAUCGAAGUGGAAGAUGAGUACGCCGAAGUCCUCUUCAAGGAAUGUGAUAAAUCCAACUCCGGAUACUUGUCUGGAGAAGAGCUGCAACAUUUCUACAACCUGCUGACCCAUCGUGACGAAAUAGACGUCAUCUUUGGGGAGUACGCCAAAUCUAGCGGAUUCAUGAGUCCACAAAACCUAUUGGAGUUUCUCACGGUGGAGCAAAGACAACAAGCCACCGUGGGCGUCGCCAACGGCAUCAUUGAGAAGUUUGAGCCGGAUGACUUAGCUAAAAGUAAAAAGCUGCUGUCCAAAGACGGCUUCCUGAUGUAUCUGCACAGCUCGGACGCAUUGCUCCUCAAUCCGACGCACAGUAAAGUGCACCAGGACAUGAGUCAGCCCCUCAACCACUACUUCAUCUCCUCCUCACACAACACCUAUCUGUUGGAAGACCAGCUCAAAGGGCCCAGCAGCACGGAGGCCUACAUCAGGGCCUUGCUCAAGGGCUGCCGCUGUGUGGAGUUGGACUGCUGGGACGGGUCUGAUGACGAGCCAGUCAUCUAUCACGGCUACACGCUCACAUCCAAGAUCCUCUUCAAAGACGCCAUCAAAGCCAUUAAGGAGUAUGCCUUUAAGACUUCGGACUACCCAGUCAUCCUCUCACUGGAGAACCACUGCAGCAUCCAGCAGCAGGAGCUCAUGGCCCACUACAUGAAGACCAUACUGGGCAGUGCACUUGUCACCACUCCCCUGGGAGACGGCAUGCCCUCAAACUUCCCCUCACCUGAGGAACUGAAGGGAAAGUUUGUGAUAAAAGCAAAGAGAUUAAACAAACUGGAGGCCAUGUUUGCUGCGGAGGCGCCUGCUGAUGAUGUCACAGACGUCUCAGAGGAAGAGGAAUCAAACGAUGACGAAGAUGAUGAUGAUGACGAACAGCAGGAGGAGAGGCGCAAGAAAAGGAAGAAGCUGAAGCUAGCGAAGGAGCUGUCCGACAUGGUCAUCUACUGUAAGAGCGUCCAUUUCUACGGCUUUGAAGACGCCAGGAACAACCUGAGCUUCUACGAGAUGUCCUCCUUCAAGGAAGGAAAGGCCAUGAAGCUGGCAGAGAAGUCAGCCAACGACUAUAUCCGCCACAAUGUGGACAAGCUGAGCCGCAUCUACCCGGCCGGCUCCAGGACGGACUCCUCCAACUACGACCCAGUGCCGCUCUGGAACACCGGCUGUCAGAUCGUGGCCCUGAACUUCCAGACAACCUGCACAGACAUGGACAUAAACCAGGGUCGAUUCCUGGUGAACGGGAAGAGUGGCUACAUCCUGAAACCGGAUUUCAUGCGGCAAAGAGAGACCGAGUUUGAUCCCAUCACUCUGACCAGAGGAACGUGGCUGAACCCCAAGAUUCUCCACGUCAUGAUCAUUUCAGCUCAGCAGCUUCCCAAGGUCAACAUGAAGAAGUCGUCCAUCUUGGAUCCACUGGUGAAGGUGGAGAUCCAUGGAGUCCCGGCUGACGUGGCAGAGUGCGAGACCCACUGUGUUGACAACAACGGUUUCAACCCGGAGUGGAACGAACGGUUCCGGUUCGAUGUCUACGUUCCCGAGUUGGCUCUGGUCCGCUUCCUGGUGGAGGACCAUGACUCCACGUCAUCCAAUGAGUUUGUGGCUCAGUACACACUUCCCUUCAACAGUCUGCAAAUGGGAUACAGACACAUUCCUCUGCUCAACAAAAACGGGGACGUCCUUCCAUCAGCUCAACUCUUCGUACAUGUCAUGGUCCUGGAUGUUGAGUAGCGGGUCCACAUCAGCACCCUCUGGUGGCAAGCUACGAGUUCAAGAUAAUGUCUGAACAUUUUUUAUGUUUUUUAGUGUUUUAGUAGAAAUCUCUGGGAGCAGAGCAGAUCCACUUCCUGUUUGGUAACUAAAGAUUAUUUAGAUAAACAACAUAUGUGUACGUGUGCAGGUGUAUACUCACCAUGUACAGUACAUCACUACUCUGCAGAAAUUAUGGAGUAAAACUGCUUCACACUCAUUUAAUGUAUUUUCUAUUUAAAAACUUUUAUUCAAAUAGAAAUCUAAGCGAGCACAGAUUACUUUCAUUUAGUCCCCUUUUUUUAAUCUUUUCUUUGAAUGAGAAAUACAUCAUUUCUCUGAGAUGUCGUCUGUCUUUCAUUUCAAUAUCAAAAGUGUUUCACAUGAAACACACUGUGGUGCUGACAAAGUUUGACGCCUCCGAGUUGAUGGUCCUCAAAUGUCAUAAAAGGAGUGACUUUCCACUGACAGAGAAGCUAAAGUGGUGAGGUCUGGAAGUCCGAUUGGAAGAAUCUACCGGAUCUUCAUUUGUACAUGAAUCAAAUGUGUAAUCCACAGAUGACCACAUAGGAAAAUCUCUACUCGAUCACAGUUUAGGGUCAAGGAUUUUGUUUUUGUGCAACCAACCCGCCAGUCCUCACCAUUACCUGUUCAGUUCAAAUAAAUGAGACCAUCUCAGUUUGGUGU